AUGGGUAGUUCAGUGGUAUCUACGAACGCAGCAGAAACUCAAUCCGUUGUAAAGCCGGGCUCUUUGUUGACAGCUACGGUCAACUCUUCAUGGCUAUCACCUUCCCAUCUAUAUGCCUUUGGAUUCUACAAGCAAGGCAAUGGUUAUGGUCUAGGCAUUUUUCUUGCUGGUCUUCCACAGAAGACAGUGGUUUGGACAGCCGACCGAGACAAACCUCCAAUUCCAGCUGAUUUUAAAUUGAAUUUCAAAAGUAAUGGACGACUGGUUCUGCAAUCGGCACAAGGCACAGAGACGGGCCUCGCCAAUUUCCCGGUAGGUGCCAGCUCAGCAUCGAUGCUUGACUCCGGCAACUUUGUUCUCUAUAAUUCUACUAAUCAUAUAGUAUGGCAGAGUUUCGAUUACCCAACCGACACCCUUUUACCAACGCAGAGUAUUUCCGCCGGACAAGUGUUGUAUUCCAGUCUUUCACACUCUAACCAGUCAACCGGCAUAUUUCGUCUCUUGAUGCAAGAAGAUGGAUAUCUCGCAAUGUACCCAAUUGGAACUCCAUACACAAAGGAUUAUGGUUAUUGGUCAGCUGGUAUAAAUGGACAAGGAAAUGAUGUGAUACUAAAACUUGAUGAUGAUGGUCAUCUCUAUUUGCUCAAUGGCGCUGGCGCUUAUAUAUGGAAUCUAACAUUGGGAGAAAGUUAUACAAAAGGUUUUAUCUACCGAUUGACAAUUGACCCCGAUGGGAUUUUGCGGCUAUACUUUCACAAUAGGAAUCAGAAUGAAGAUUGGACAGUCGCAUGGUCUAUGCCAGAUGACAAGUGUGCGCCUAAGGGUCUAUGUGGAUUUAAUGGAUAUUGUGAUUUAAAUGUUCAGGGCGUUGGUUGCAAAUGUCUUCCUGGAUUUGCGUCGGUCAACCAAGGCGAUUGGGGUUCAGGCUGUGAAAGGGAUUUCACUGCAGAAAGUUGCAAAAACAACAAAAAUACCAUGGAAGCAGUGCCUAAUACCGUAUGGGAAAAUGAUAAUUAUUCGGUUCUCAUAUCGUCAACACAAGAGAAUUGCAGAGAAGCAUGUUUGCAGGACUGCAACUGUGAAGCUGCACUAUUCAAAGACGGGUUGUGCACAAAACAAAGGCUUCCUUUGCGAUUUGGGAGAAGACUACAAAGAGAUUCAACGGUAGCCCUCAUCAAGGUGGGUACAUCUAUAGAUAGAAAUCUGCCAAAGGAGGACAUCAUAAUAGUGAGUGUUUCAUUUGUUGCUUUUGCAUUAAUUGUCUUAGCAAUUUCUGGAAUUGCAAUUUACAGAUAUCGUGUUUGGUCAUACAAAAGGAUAUCUAAUAAUGGAGACAUUGUCUUGCGUGAGGAUUUUGCUCCAAAAUCAUUCACUUACAUAGAACUUGAGAAAGUGACUGACGGUUUCAAGGAAGAGCUUGGCAGAGGAGCGUUUGGGACAGUAUAUAAAGGGGCAAUAAAGAAUGGCGACAGCGAGAAGAAUGUAGCCGUCAAGAGGCUUGACAAAUUGUUGGCCGAACGGGAAAGAGAAUUUCAUACAGAGAUGAAAGUUAUUGGGAGAACACAUCACAAAAACCUUGUGCGUCUAUUGGGUUAUUGCCAUGAUGGACCCAACAGGCUUUUGGUGUACGAGUUCAUGACAAAUGGGUCACUUGCAGAUAUACUCUUCACACCUGAAAAACAACCUUCUUGGGAUGAAAGAAUGGAAAUUGCUCUCAACAUAGGAAGAGGAAUUCUUUAUCUCCAUGAGGAGUGUGAGCCACAAAUCAUUCAUUGUGACGUAAAGCCCCAGAACAUACUCAUGGAUGAAAACAGGUGCCCAAAAAUCUCUGACUUUGGAUUGGCAAAGCUGUUAAAGGCAGAUCAAACUAGAACCUUUACAGACAUUAGAGGGACAAAAGGAUAUGUUGCCCCAGAGUGGCAUCGGAAACGGCCCGUGACAGUCAAAGUAGACGUGUAUAGUUUUGGAAUUGUGCUGUUGGAAAUUAUAUGUUGUCGAAAGAGUGUGGACCAAAAUCUUCCAGAGGAAGAGGCAAUUCUUGAAGAAUGGGCAUACCAAUGCUUUGAGAGUGGUGAGCUAGGUAGACUAGUGAAUAAUGAAAUGGUUGACAAGAGACAAUUAGAGAGAAUGGUUAAAGUAGGACUUUGGUGCAUUCUGGAUGAGCCCUCACUCCGCCCUUCAAUAAAGAAGGUUCUACUCAUGUUGGAAGGGACCAUUGAUAUCCCAGUCCCUCCAAGUCCAACAUCAUUUCUAUGUACCGUAUGAUUCCA